CAGAAACCUCUUGCUCUCAUCGUUUCAUGGCUGUUCAUACAUGGCCGAUUAACAGUUCUCACUCUUCAUUAUUAAAGAAUCAAACAUUCCGUUUGAGACAUAACUGAAGGCCUCCGUUGAAUUAAUAUAAUUAAUCAGCAGGGCAGGCAGUGAAGAAGGUGAGCUGUGAAUCCAAAAAUGUAUGGAAUCAGCGUAAACACGAGCCAGCAGAAGCAGAAUGUAGAGACCGCGGCCGCCGGCGGUUCUCCGAGGAUAGCCGGCGGUUCGCCGAGGGUAGCCGCCGGCGGUUCGCCGAGGGUAGCCGCCGGCGGUUCGCCGAGGGUAGCUGCCGGCGGUUCGCCGAGGAUAGGUGCCGAUUCCUCGCCGAGGACGAGCGCUUCACCUAGACAUUAUUUUGAAAGUCCGAAGGCGAGAGGGUCUCCGAAAUCGGCGGAGGUGGGGGAGAUAGACACCAGGGCUCCCUUUCAAUCCGUGAAAGCAGCUAUGAGUUUGUUUGGAGAAACUGGUGCCUCUCCCAGAUCGCCGGCAGCCUUCGCCGUUAAAAAGACUAAUAAAUCUCCUGAAGAGAGAGUGUUGGAGAAGGAAAGCCAGCUCCACAUGGCCCUGAACCAACUAGACGCCUACAAGAUCCAACUCAGAAACUCGGAAGCCACAAAAGCCGAAGCCCUACGUGACCUCGAGGAGGCAAGGAGAACCCUCCAACAACUCUCCGCCAAGAUCGGAGCCAUCAACCCCUCCGACCCCCCUACCCGCACCGACGCCCCGCAGCCCCGCGAAACAGACCCGCUUCACAUUAACAACAACAACAACAACAUCCCUUCCGCCGCAGAACUCAACUCCGUAAAGCAACAGAUCGCGCAGCUCCGCCACGACUUCGACGCCGCCAUGGAAGCCAAAACCACGGCCAUCCAGAAGGCCUCGCGCGCGCAGAAUUCCGCCGUGGUUAACCGCGAGAGAGUCAUCGAGCUCUCCAAAGAGGUAGCCACCUUGCGCGAGGCCUUAGCUAAGCUCACGUCUCUCCAAUCCCAAGAAGAAGAGCACGAAAAGGCCAUCGCCGCCAAACAGGAAUCCCUCAAAUCUCUCCAGAAGGCCAAGGAAGACGCAGAGGCAAAGAUGCAGGCUAUAAACGAAGAAUUCCACCCGGAUCUCACGCAACAUCUCGAGCUAAAACUGGACGAAACAAACAAGGAGAUUGAAGUCUUGAGGGAGAAACUAAAGAACGCCAAAUCCGCAGACUUGAAUGCCUGGAAAACCGCAGCUUCUGAACUUGAAACCGCCAAGAAAGCCAUGCAAGAAGUAGUCGCCCUGGAAAACUCACUUAGGAGCCAGGUGGAUUCACUUCAGCAAGAACUGGAGAACAACCCAGAUAAGUCGAAAAACAAUAAUAAUCCCAGCAAGGAGGAGCUCAGAGCAAGCAUUAAAGAAGACACGAAAGACGACGACGAUUCUGAUUAUAUAGCCUCAAAAAUCCUGCAACUAACAUCAGAGGCAGAACUAGCUAUUAAGGAAGCAGAAGAAAUGAAGAUUUACGCUGAAUCAUUCAGGAAAGAAGCAGAAAUCGCAAGGGUUGCCGCCAAAGAGGCAGAGGAGAAACUGGAAAGUAUGCUGAAAGAGGCAAGAACAACCUGCAGGCUGCUGGUGACUGCAGAUUCAUCAAGAACGGCUACUGGAGAAGUUGCUGAUCCUCCUGCAAUUUCAAAGCUAAAUGGAAAGAUCAAAUUGUCAAAGGACGAAUAUGAAUCUUUGAAAAAGAAAACGGAGCCGACGACAAAGAAACUAAGUGAGAGUAAGAGUGGUAAGCGGAUGAGCAUGACAAACUGCCAUCCUGGAUGCUUUAAUUGAAGAAAUUAAGCUGCAGAAAUGGGUGAUGGUGAUGAAACUCGAUCCGAAAAUGGGUUUAAAAAUGGGGGUAUCUUCUUCUUGUAGCCAUGAAGUCAUGAAGAUCAAGAAAGGGAACCCCGGAAAAUCUAUUUCAGUGUGUAUUUUAUUUUUCCCAUUAUUCACAAUUUUUGUUGACACUUUGUUACUGCUAAAAAAAAAUUCAAAAUACAAAUUUUUUGUUUUCAA